GGCGGCGAUGGCGGCGCUGGCACCGCCCCGGUGUCCGGGGAGAGCGGCGCUUCCGGGGGCGGGGCCGCGCCGACAUGGCGGGGGCCGAGCGGCCCGACGGGGAGGUGGAGGAGGCAGGACACGUGUUCCUCCUGAUGAAGAAGGACUACCGCAUCUCCCGCAACGUGCGCCUCGCCUGGGUGCUCAGCCGCCUGCACCAGGUCAUCCGGGCCGUGCCCGAGCCCGAGCUGGUGAAGUCGGAGAAUGAGCUUGAUGUUCUCAGCAUCCUGCCUAACGGGUGGCAGCCGGACGAGCCCGUCCAGCCCAGGCCCUAUCUCCUCGUGCCCUCCACACGGGUCACCUUCCUGGCCCGCCAGUACCGAUUUGUGAUCGAGCUUGAUCUGAGCCCUUCCACGGGGAUUGUGGAUGACUCAACGGGGGAGAUAAUUUUUGAUGAAGUGUUUCAUGCCCUUUCCCGAUGCUUGGUGGGAUUGUUAAGACCCUUUCGUAUCCCUGGUUCAGACAUUAUCUACCAGCCAGAGAUCUUUGUCACCAUCCAGGCAUAUUCCUCCAUCAUUGGCCUGCAGUCCCACCAGGUACUGUUCCAGGGCUGUCAGCUGGAUGAGACGAAGCGUGAGGCCUUUCUGCACCAAGUUUACACACAGCUGUGUGCCUUUGAGAACAAAGUGGCAGAGAUGCUCCAGCAACAGUAUGAACCCAAACCUCAGGUGGAUUUGUCACCCCUGAGCCAAGAGAGCCCUAGUGAGGGGCAGGAGUCAUCCGGGAGGAAGCCCAGCGUGUCUGUUGUCACUGCUGAUGUUGGCCUGGUCAGCAUGGUCCGGCAAGGGAUCCUGGCACUGCAGCUGCUGCCCUCCAACUCCAGUGCAGGUAUAAUAAUAAUUACGGAUGGUGUGACCAGUGUCCCUGAUGUGGCUGUGUGCGAGACUUUACUCAACCAGCUGCGCAGUGGCACAGUGGCCUGUUCCUUUGUGCAGGUGGGCGGUGUCUACUCGUACGAUUGCAGCUUUGGCCACGUUCCCAAUGUGGAAUUGAUGAAAUUCAUCGCCAUGGCCACUUUUGGUGCUUACCUCUCCACGUGCCCUGAGCUGGAUCCCCUGAGCCUGGAUCUGAAUGUGUAUCACAAGGCAUUCCUGCUAUACUCCUUCCUGCGUACUGGGGAGUCUCUGAAUCCUGAGUAUUACUGUGUGUCCCAGCACAGGCUGUUCAACGAGCACCUGGUGUCUGCAAGCAGCAACCCCGCGCUGGCGAUGCGGAGGAAGAAGCACACGGAGAAGGAGGUGCACGCCGACCUCGUGAGCGUGGUGUCGGUCCGGCUGCGCGAGGGCUACAGCAUCCGGGAGGUCAACAUCACAAAAGGUGGGUCUCAGCUGGAGGUCAAGCUAGUGCUGCUUUGGAAGCAUAACAUGAGGAUUGAGUACUUGGCUGUAACUCCCUGGCCCCUGGACCCUUCGAAGCGCAGCACGUGGGUGGAGGUGACGAUGGAGGGGAGCUAUGACAUUCUGCAUGACAUCAGCUGCACCAUGAGGAAGCCCAUCACCAGCCUGUACCGCACUACAGUCAUCCGGCGCUUCUGGAACACCUUGCAGAGCAUCAACCAGACAGAUCAGAUGUUGGUUCAUCUGCAGUCUUUUGACACAGUCCCAGAACACUUCACCAUUCCCGAGAGCACCAAGAAUGGCGUGCCCCUCUUCUACAUCCCCCCAGGCUCCACCACUCCGGUGCUGUCCCUGCAGCACAGUGGGUCUGACUCAAGCCAUUCCCAGUUUGCCUCCUACUGGAAGCCUAUCCUUUCCAUGGAUGCCAACUUCUGGCAGAGGUGGCUGCACAUGCAUCGUAUCGUCGUCCUUCUGGAGCAUGACACGCCUGUGCCCAAGCACCUGCACACGCCAGGCAACAACGGCCGCUACAGCACCAUCCAGUGCCGCAUCUCCCACUCGGCACUCACGUCCCUGCUGCGGGACUGGAGCAGCUUCGUGCUGGUGGAGGGCUAUUCCUACGUCAAACUGAUACACGGCUCUGAGGAUCUUACACCUUCCUCGUUUUAUGUGGUACGGAUCAUCUCCAAAGCUCCCUGCAUGGUUCUCCGGCUGGGGUUCCCCAUUGGCACACCUGCACAGGCCAGGAACAAGAUAGUGGAGGAGUUACGGGACCGAAUCUUGCAGCUGCGCUUUCCCCACAGGGUCCAGAGCAAGGAGGCAACUCCAAAAGCAAAGAGGAAAAUGUUUGGCAGUAGUUCUCCCUCCAAGUCUCCACCUGUGGCUGGGGCCCAGUCAGCCCUCUCGGACAGACCCUGCCUUGUUGUGCUGCACAAACCAUUGGAGAAACUGCUUAUCAGGUAUGAGAAGCUGCCUUCUGACUAUCGAGCCCCCUUCAUUCUCAACCUGGAGCACCCCCCAGUGUCUGGCCCACUCACUAUGGUGGCCAAUCGUACUGCCUCUUCCACCCUGGCCUCGCUGUCCCGGUACUUCUACCACCAGCGUUGGAUCUGGAGUGUCCAGUCAGGGCUGGCACCAGCUGUGCCCAUCACUGCUGUGGCCCAGCUGCUUUCCACACUCACAGAGGUUCGUCUGUCAGAGGGUUUUCACUUUGCAUCCAGUGGGGAUGGAAUUAUCAACAUGGUACUGGAGUUGCCCAUACAGAUUGAUGGCUCCAGAGAGAGCAGCUGUGACAGGGAGAAGCACACCUGUGUCGUCCAAUACAUCCUCUUCCCACCCCACUCCACCUCCACCAAAGACAGCUUUUCCACAGAUGAUGACAAUGAUACAGAGGUAGAGGCCAUUGAGGUGGACACAGAACUGAACCUGGUCACUGAGUGCUGGGUAGAGCCACAGAGUGGCCAUGUCCACAGUACUGCUGAGAACUGGAAGCACCUCCAUGGCUUGCCCUACCAGAAAAUUCCUAAAGCGCUCUAUCCCCGGGACCUUGCAUGCAUUGCCACCAUGCUGACCUUCGAGUACAUCAGCCAGUUGUGCCAGAACAAGGAGUGGGUCUGCCCUCCUUCAGACACCAAAGCUGCUGAAGAUCCAGACAUGGGGCCUGGUUUUCGAGUGCAUGAGAUCCCAUUCCAGUUCAACCUCAUGAAGCUGUUGCCCAGGUGCCAGCAGGUUGAAAUGUUCUUCCUAAUGCUGACAAAAGAGAAUGAGGAGGUGACCAAGGACUCUUCGUUUGUGCCCAAUGAAAUGCUACUAAACCUCUUCCAUGGCUGCCUGCAGCAUGACCUCAGUGACCGGGAGAUCCCCAUGGCUGAUGCCGAUCAUGUGGCUUUCAUGGAGCAGGUUCUGCAACGGGAUCGUGAUGGCCAUCAACCCCCCUUCACGCUCCCAGUGAUCAGAGAAGAAAACCUGAAAGUUUCUGGCACCCUGGAGCAGCAGGGUGCUUCUGCAUCCUAUCAUCUUGUUGGCAGCAAUGGCACCAGGGAUAUGACUGGCUCCACGAGUACUCUGCAGAGCCUUGGCAACACAGAGCUGCCUGAGGAUGACGUGACACUGAGUGACACGACGGGGCCCUUUCCCCCUCAGUGGCGAUGUUAUGCCAAGCUGGUCAACCCACAGCAUGUGUUCCUGACCUUCCUGCCAGCCACCUUCUCAGAUGUACAGAAGCUGAUGGCUUGUGGGUUGGACAAACCUCCAAAAGACGAGAGUCGAUCUGGAGAGGAUCCCCUGGGACCUGUCUGUGCAGAGCGAGUCAGGGCUGAAGAAGGGGAUGCUGCAGUGCCAUUGCCUACCCUCAGCAUAACACCAGCCCAUGAAGGGAGCCGUGAGCCUGGAGAGCAGAGUGGCCCUUCACGGAGAGAUAUGCAUAUCUCCUUCUGUCGCCAGAGCUCCCAGUCUGAGCUGGGCGAGUGCCGCCGAUUUCGCUGCCCCAUUUACAUCUACAGCUGCUCUUUGGAGCUCUUACGAGAGCAGCUUGUCAGCCCCCGGGCACACCGUCCUCCUCGGGACAUCUUUUUCAGGUCCCAGUCUCUGGAACGUCCUCCAACUGCUGCUUGGCUGGACCACAAGCACAAGGAGUUGGUGAGUUACUGCACACUGCUGCAGGAGCACUCCCACCAGUGCUACGUGAAAGGGCUGUUCAAGAGCCUUCAGCAGUCACACAGCAUCAGCUCCCAGGACCUGCUUACUGCCAUGGACUACUGUGAGGAGCUGCUCCAAGAGAUUGAUAUCACCAACUUCCUGCUGACGGUGUGCAGCCAUGUCCGCUCAUUCCGAGAGAGCCACCAGCAUUUCCAUACACACUCCAAGACAGCCAGCUUCCAAGUGGGCAGCAUAGAGCAAGAAGAGGAUCAGAGCUCUAGGGAACGAGGUGUCUUGGUCUCUGAGUCAAGUGUGGAAAUGGAGGACUACAGUGAGCAGGACUCCCAUAACGUUGCAAGCCCCACGGAGGAGCCAAAGAGCAGUGUGGGCACCAGCUGCUGUUCAGAGUUUCCCCUCUCGCUGCUGGAAAUUGGACAGCCCUGCCAGGCACACCCAGACUUGCAUAAAAUUAUCCAGGAAAAAUUCCUGGAAAUUGGAAGUUUACAUUUCAAGCCAGUACCAUCAAAUCCUCACUAUUUCUUCUAUUGCCCACCAUCAGCCAAGAAAGAGGAAGAGGCAUCUCGGGAUCAGGCAGACAGGAAAGGCAGUGAGGACAUGGAGGGAUCAGAGGCAGAACUGGCAGCUGAAGAAGGAACUGUGUCUGGAUGCUGCAUUGCCACAGAGAGUGACCCAGAGCUGGAGGUGGAGUACCGUGAGAAGCUGGAGCACGAGUUCCCAGACACAGAUUCCCUCUCAGACUCCAACACGGUGAACCAGGAUGAUGACUCCUUCAGCGUGCUGGGAGGGGACUCACUCAAUGAGCAGGAGUUCCUGGAGCAGGAGAUGCCCCCUCUCUUUGUGCACCUGACCUGCUCAGUGAAGCUGCGUAGCCAGCACAGCUCUAUGCCUGUGCAGUCCCUGCCAACUUGUCUAGGGGAAGUUCUGGGCUGCCUGGAAAGCUGCCAGGGCUUGAACACCAUUGAUCUGGGGGACCUCUGUGUGACCCUGGACAUCUUUGUGCUGACACUGCCCCUGGAGAUAGAAGUUGUGAACACAGACAUUCUCCACAACAGAUGCACCUCGGAGAGCAGCGUGUCCUUCACACGCUCUCCAGGGCAGCCAUCCUCUUUCCGCUCAGAUGAGGAUAUCAUGCACAACUUGGAACGGCUCCCGUCCACCGGAGAUGAGAGGCACCCCGCCCUUUCCAACCUCCCUGGAGUGCACAGGCAGGCUAUAGAAGCCACUAUGAAUGAGAUUCGCUGGCUCCUGGACGAUGAGAUCGUGUCAGCGCUGCGUCACUCACAGGUCAUCAGCACCUCCAUCCUGCACCGGGUGGCCACCCACAUCUAUAACUCCAAGGGCCGGCCCAGCUGCCACAGCGAGGUCGUGCUGCUCCAGUUUGUCUUUGGGCCUGAGCACUCUCUGGAGAAGUUCAAGGAGGAGUUCAGAAGAAUGGCUCUGCCAGGCUACAUGCUUAACGCAGAGGGCAACGACUACCACUACGUCUCCAUCAGCCGCCUGCACUCCAGGAGGGCAGCUCCAGACCCUUCAGGGUCACCCUGCUUGCAGCAACCAGCUGAAGGGCAGCCCAGGACAGCCCUGGGCCAGGCAGGCCAGGAGGGGAGCAGUGAAACAGAGGCAGAGGGCUCUGAGCUGUUACACCACACAGGCUGUGUCCUCCCAGAAGAAGCCCGGGGUCUCUGGGAGUGGCCAGAGAGUGAGACACGCACUGUGCCAGACACAGGAAACCCUGCAGGUGGAGGCAGCCACACACAGAGUGAGGUUCCAGGAGACAUGCUGAGACUUGAACAAAGCAGAGCACCAGGCCAUGACUCCCUGGAAGAGGCAGCUCCAGAGACAACCAUACAGUCAUUGCCAUCCUCAUCCUCUGAAAAGGGAAACAGUGAGAAAUCACCGUUGGUGACACCAUCUGCAGCAAGCCUGACUGACUCUGUGACACAGGGCAGGGAAGGCUCCAGCAAGCAGCGUCCCAGCCGCGUGCAGAGCCUCGUGUCGAGCCAGGGCAGCAUGGACUCUGACCAUCUGGGUUACGACGGGGGAAGCAGUGACUCAGAGUAUGAGGAAGCGUUGAUGAGCGACCAGGAGCCCAGGUGUCCCCUUAUGCCAGAUUUCUGGCUCAUCAUAAAAAUCCAUCAGGACCGAGUGGAGGUGUAUUACCACACACGCAGCCUGAGUGUGGAGAAGGCAGCAUCAGCAGAGUCAGAAGAGGAGCAGCCAGGGGAGUGCCAGAGUCUCAACCAAGUGGUGGUAAAGAAGAUCAGUGAAAUCUGCAGGGUUGUCAAUCAGCGCUUGCUGCUGCAGGACCUGCAUGACAGCCACAUAUGCAACUCAUUACUGGUGGCAGAAAGUGAGGAGGACAUCUGGAAGAGUGAAACGCCCUAUACUUCAUACAGGCAGCGCGUCAUGCCCACAGAUGAUUACUCUGUAGAGGAGAGCUACCAGCCCCGGGACUAUCUGGCUGCCACCAUGCAGUUCAUGCCAGGGCACUUUGCUUGUGACGUGGUGUGGAGCACACUCAUCCACGUGCAUUCACGCCUCAAGAUGGGCCCCAACAUGGGGGUCUCGCGAGCUAUCCAGGCACUUCGCUCGGUGCUCAACGCCUUCUCUGUGGUGAACAGGAAGAAUAUGUUUGUCUACCAGGAACGUGCCACUAAAUCUGUUUUCUACCUCCGGCUGACUGAAACCACCAACAGUGGGAAGGUGUGGGAAGCAGAGAGCAGCCUUAGUCCAGCAUCUCGCUCGCUGGCACUGACACGCAGCCAGGAGCCCAUUUACACUGAGGAUCUAAUGGGUUCUCGUUCCUCUCUGGACACAGCCUCGUGCCGUAGUGUGGACUCUGCCCGCCCUGUGGGACAGAUAGACAGGCACAUCCAACUGAUGGUCCAUGGUGUUGCCCCAGCAGGGCCCGAGAUCACAGACGAGCUGGUGAAGGUGCUGCGCAGGCGCCUGGAUGAAGCCACCCUGGAUAUCAUCACUGUGAUGCUGGUGCGGAACUGCAAGCUGACCCCAGCAGAUGUGGAGUUUAUCCAGCCCCCCGGGACACCACCCACAGAGGUCCUGCAGUUCACGCUGCCGCCUUCGGCCCUGCCUUGGCUGCACGCCGUGGCCUAUUACCUGCGCCAGAACCUGCUCAUCUUCCUGCACACCCCCAAGUACACAGACAGCAACGUGGAGCACCACUUCAAGCAUUACUUCAACCACAACGGGAGCAUCCCUGACCAGGAUCUCUAUCUGUACAACAAGCCGGGUGGCCAAGGCACUGGUGGAAAAGGUACCAUGUCGGACCUUGUGCAGCACCUUUUUCCACUCUCCCACUUCCAAGGAAUCGCUUGCAUCGCACUGACAUUUGUGGAUGAGCAUGGCAGCCCCACUUUGCUGCCCCACGGGGAGAGGCCCGACCCUCUGAAGCUGCUUUCCUCCUCACCCAUCGUGGGCCUGCUGCAGGACACGGACUUUGAGAGCCUCACUGCAGUCAGCAGACACCAGCCAGGGGCUGACACUCUGCCUUCAGAACCCUGCGUGCUGGUGCGCCUGGAUAUCUGGGAGAAGGGCAACAUCAGCCUGCUGCAGCUGUCGGAGAAGCUGCGCGGGGCCCUGCGUCACGCGCUCUGCGACGCCGUCAUGGAGUUCCUUGUGCUGCCAGCCCCGCUCUGCGUGGAAGCCGCCUGCCCCCUGAGUCCUGCAGACCUGGAGGACCUGAGUUCUGCGGGAGGCCUAAGGAGGACCAUGUCAGAGACCAAGGGCCUGGCCCUGGCCAGUGGUGGGGCUGGCAGGAGCUGUCCUCCACCCUUGCACUUCACUUCUACACCUUCACCCAGCUCUGGAGAGCCAGUGACACCCACGAGCAAGCUGGGACGCCGCAGCUUCUGGGACAUGCUGAGCAAGGCAGAGUCCUCGGAGCUGGGCAGCCCCAAGACUACUGAUGACAUUGUGCUGGAGAGGCCAGAAGAGGCUCGUACGAGGCGGCGGCACAAGACUGAGAAUGUCAAGCAGCACCUGAGCCAGGAUCGGGCCACAGCCACAGCUGAACUGGAACAGGCACAGAGGCGCCGAACCUGCCAGCUGGAAGAAGGGGAUGUAGGUACUGUGCACCCGCUCUUCAAUCAAACCUGCCUGCAGUGGAUGGCAUUCAUGAACCACCUGGGGUGCCCAUCGGUGCAGCAGUGCUCACUGGAGAUGGUCUCCCGUUUCCUCCUGUCCUCCAUCCUAGUGGAAGUGGUGAACCUGGUCACUGCCCUGGCGAGUGACACCACUGUCAAGGUGUUUGAGCAGAUCUGCUACCAUCGAGGCACUGCCUUUCUGCCCUAUAAGCCUGGCCAGAGUGCCACCCCUCGCCCUGGCACCAUCAGACACUUCAUCCUGCUGGGACGCAACUUCCAGCAGUGGCGUUGCAGCACAGAACAGGCUCACAAAGGGCUCCAGCGCUUUGAGGCCAUGGAGUUCAGCUCAGCAGAGAGGGGCUCUGAUCCCAGCCUUGUUGGUCGAGACCUGGUGCCCCGGCAAAGGUUCCUCUUCAUGGAGAUCAUUGACAAAAAGAUGACGCUCUACACCUAUAACUGGUCCCCAGACCUGGGGGCCAACCUGAACUGCUCCCUGACUCGCCUGCUGCAGUGGCAGAAUGCCCGGUCCCACAUCGUGCACUGUCUGCUCAGCCAGAAGCUGGGACUCUUCCACCACCACUGCUUCAUGGACACACCAUGGCAUGAGGACAGCAAGCAGGAGCCAAAUCCUUUCCUGAACUCCACUUUGGAGGUGGAUGCACUGAUCCGGAGCCCGUGUCCUCCACCUAGCAAGGAGCAAGGCCGGCUGAGCAGCUCUGCCCGCAGCCUGCCAUCUCUGCAUUUCCAUCCUGAUGUGGUGCCCUUUGACGAAGCUCUGCGGGACGUUACCACCAUCAAGCGCAUACCCCACGGGCCUGAUGUGGGACCUUUUGAUCCAGUGGCUCAGCAUGGGGCCCAGUUCCUGGAAAUCAAGAGCAUGGAGAGGAAAGAACUGGAGAAACAGAUGAAGAUUGAGAAUCUCUUUGUCACCUGGCAGCAGAGGUCGGCACAGUCCAACAUGCCUAUCAGUCUGGCAGACCUGGAGACCCUGAAGCAGUCCUCACGCCUGGUUCACUACUGUGCCACCCCUUUGCUCUUUGACCCAGCCUUCCGGCAGCAAAUCCAGACAGACCAGCUGGGCAAGGUGGAGGGGAAGAAGCGCCACCGCUCCAAUGACUCCACAGCUUCGGGGAGAGACCGGAGCCACAGCUGUGACUCGGCGGAGUCGCUGCCCUGCAAGGUGAAGGAGGAGCCUUGGCUGCAGGAGAUGUGCAAUGCCUUCUUGCAGCAAUACAUCCAGUACCUGCAGAGCAUGGGCUUCAUUCUGGUCCAGGUGCGGCCGCCCUCACCUACCACUCGCAGUAGCACAAGCCGGAUCCGAGCUCUGGCAGCAAUGGGUGUGGAGGGGAGAGGGUCCUUUUCCUACACAAAGCCAAAAACCGAGGGGAGCCCAAAGAGCACAAGCCCUGCUGUUGCCACCUACCAUCUACAGAGAGCUCUUCCAGGUGGGAUUGUGCUCAUGGAGUUGGCCUUCCAGGGCUGUUACUUCUGUGUGAAGCAGUACGCGCUGGAGUGCUCACGGAUCCCCAUGGGCCAGUCUGUGAACUCUCAGCUCUCAAUGCUCUUCACAGAGGAGUGUGACAAGGUGCGGGACCUCAUGCACGUGCAUUCCUUCAGCUACGACUUCCACUUGCGUAUAGUCCACCAGUAUCUGCUGGGCUCCCACAUGACCCUCCGCCAAGGCUACCAUCUCACCAGCUUCCUGGAGGAUUUCAUUGCCCACCACCCCGAUAUCCCCAAAUUUGGCCGUAACCACGUUUUCCAAGGCACGCUGGCCCUGCCCACCAACAUGAUCACUGCACACCAGCUGUACAACUACAUUGCUGACCACGCCAACACCUACCACAUGAAACCCCUGCGCAUGGCCCGGCCGGCCACGGGCAGCGACAGCAAGAAGGGAACACCAGGCACAGAGCAGAACGAGUAUGCACUGGUCUCUAUUUGGAACAGCUCGGGUUCCUACAAGGACUCUGAAGGUCUGCGUCAUCAUGAUGACUUCGAUGUGUCCCUCCUGGUGUGUCACAGUGCAGCACCAUUUGAGGAGCAGAGUGAGGCAGAGAGACGCAUGCUCCGUUUGCGUUUCUACGUCAUCAUGACCAGCCAGCGGGAGCUCUUUCCCCGGCUCACGGCCGACAUGCGACGCUUCAAGAAGCUGCCGCGCUUGCAGCGGGAAGUGCUGGAGCCUGUGGUGGGCCGGGCAGCCUGGGAGGCAGCGGAGCCGGAGACAAGCCUGGGGCAGCAGCCACCACCAGCAGAGCGGGAGCUGUGGCAGGACGUGGAGGACAGCAGCGAGUUCUACACGGGGGGCACACAAGUCAAACUGGGGCCAGGGCUCUUCUACACCUCGCCGCUCUUCCCCUUGCUGGCCUCUGAGGUGGCCUCAGCCCAGAAGCAGCUCAGCAGCAUGGUGCAGCUGGCCAAGUGUCACUGCCGCAGGGACAAUCUCUGGAAGCGCCUCUUCCUUCUGGAGCCUCUGGCGUCCGACAAGCUGAAGCUGGGCAAGCUCUCGCUGGUGGAGCUGGAGGAGCUGCUCGAUGCCGUGCAUGGGAAAUCCAUUGCGGAUGUCGACCCCCAGCUGGAAUGCUUCCUCACCAUGACAGUCUCCUGGUACCAGAGCCUCAUCAAAGUGCUGUUGAGCCGCUUUCCCCAGAGCUGUCGGCACUUCCACAACGCUGAAACCGGCACCCAGUAUCUGGUCGUGCUCAACCAGAAGUUCACGGACUGCUUCGUCCUUGUGUUUCUCGAUUCUCAUUCAGGAAAGACGAGCCUCACCGUGGUUUUCCGGGAGCCGUUCCCCGUGCAGCCCCAGAACAGUGAGAGUCCUCUGCCACAGCUUGUGUCAACAUAUCACCACCUGGAGUCAGUUAUCAACACUGCCUGCUUCAACCUCUGGACGGGCCUGCUCUAGCACUGGCACCCAUUUCCUUGGUGCAACACAUGUGCCAGACCUCAGCACGGCUGUGCCACGGGUGGUGAUGGGGAAGAGCAGGUCUGUGAGGGGACCUGUGCUUGGGCACUGCAGGCAGCGCUGCCAGUGGCACAGGUGGCUACUGAACUGAGGAGCCUGGCGGGCUGGUGUGGCCCUCACGUGCUGUUUUUGGUGGGUUUGAUACGGAACGACCUUGAAGCAAACCACAAGGGCAGGAGCUUGGCCGCUGUGGCUUGGCUGAAGCAGAGCGACUCUCAGGGACAUGGCUUUGGCAUCUGCAGCUGAGUUCUGCCUUCUGGGGAGGCACGGAGGAUCACACACAGCACUCUGGGCUUUGUGAGGAAAGACUCCUGGACUUCAGGGCUCCAGGUAGUGAGGCUGACUGCUUCUGGCCCUUUGUCUUCCUCGGGAGAGCACUGGAUGGGACAGGAAAGGUGAACUGGACCAUACAAAGGUUUUAUGGAGGUGUACAUUUAAGCCAUUGGUGUAUCUGUGAAAUAAACUGAACCAGAUCCCUGCUCAGUUGCUCUAGGCUGGGAUGUGGAACGCCUCCCGUAAGGGAUGCAGAGCAGCCCUGGCUGGGUUUGCACCGGAGUUUCUUACUUGCUCCAGAGCAGGAGCAGCAGGGCAGUCAGCCCCCAGCCUGUUACCUGGGUUCAGGCAGCCUGGGAGGGUGCUGCUUGCUUUACUUCCUCCCCUGCUGCAGUCAGUGCUGGGCACUGGCAACAGCCUUGAGAACUGUAGUGCCUGGAAGCCCAGAGCAUUAUUCCCACAACUCCAGGCACCAGUUGGAGCUGGACUGAGAAAGCUCACACCCUUCCCAAGGAUUGAAUGCUCCCCUUAGUGGGGGAGACUGGAAACCUCUCCCUGGACACCCCUGCAGCCUGGAAGUGAAGGUUCUCUGUGUACCUGAAGUCACCUACAGCGGUGCCUGAGCCACCCCUAAAUAUGACAUGCUACAGAUGGCACUGGUGUAGAUGGGGGUCCAACUGCUUGGGCUGACCCAGUACAGCCUGGGGAAGGGAAAUAUGACAAAGAUGCUCCUAAAGCCACUCUAGAAAUCAUCCCACCUCAGUCCUAGAAAAGACACGUGUUCCUCUGUUAAGCCAUUGCUUUGUCUUUUAUUCCCAUGGUUUUCUAGUUUUACUCAGCUGCCUUGCUGGUCCCACCAUGCUGCAGCCCUCGGCUCUCCCAGUAGGAGCGCAGCCAGCCCAGACCUUCCAGGGUGUCUCCUGCAGUGACAGACAAGGUUUCCUGCUGCAGCUGGAGAAGCUGGAGCAGCUUCUGUUCAGGACAGAGAUCUCAUUCCCAGGUAGGGACUCUGACACCCACUACCUGCCACACCCCGGGACCUGCCUGUCUUUGCACAGUACCCAGCCAGCUGGUCCGUGCUUGGCCCUGACCUGGGGCUCAGACCUGCAGGCCCACUCACCUUUGGGAGCAUACUCGCACCCCACAUAGCCAGUGUAGCCAAGGGACUCCAGGAGCUCAAAAAUGUAGGGGAAGUUCAACUCCCCAGGGCUGUCAGGCUCGUGCCGUCCUGGCACCUGUGCGAUCUGGAUAUGACCUGGAGAGGGAAUGGGAGAGGCCGUGCCCAAGGCAGCCCUGCCUGGAGCCUUCUUUGGGCAUGAGACAAGGUGACCCAAGAGCAGCCCCACACCCCCAGCCAGCCACAGCAGAGCCUGGGGCAGGAGAGCUCCAUCUCAGAGCCACUCCUGCCCCAUGGCCACAGAGGAGCUGAUCUGGGUGCAGGGCAUUACCAAUGAGUGGGAAGUAUGUGUCCAGGUUGCGUGACAAAUUGCCAUCCAUGAUCUGGCAGUGAAAGAGGUCCUGGGAGGGAGAGAGGAAGAUGGAGGAUGCAGCUGUUCACCAGUGAGCUGUGCUACAGGCCCUGUCUCUCUCUCUCUCCAUGUCCUCAGGAGAGGAUAGCAAGCCCCUAGAACUCCUCUGUGGGCCUGUGCAAAAUUCCCUGGUGGAGGGUGGACCAUGGAGAUCUUCAGUGCUGACUCACCAGCUGCAGCUUCAGGUUGGGCCGUCCCACCUUCUCCAGGAUGGCAGCAGCUACAGGUGCAAGAAAUGAGAGACCAUUGCCCCCAGGGUGGAAACUUCACAAAGCCCUGAGACUCCCCUUCAUCAGCUGAGCUCCCUCAGCAUCUCUGGGCUGGUAAGGCAACCUCCUGCCUUUCAGACUUUGGGGAUCCUUCUCUUCCUCUGAAGGAGUCUCUAGAUGUCUGCCUUACCUUGGUGCGGGGUGUUCAGGUAGUAGCGAGGGUCAGUGAUGCGGUUGUUAAUAGGCUCCACCAGUCCAAUCAUGUUUUCCUGUAACACAGUAAUGUCACCCUAUGGAGCACAACUUCCCUAUGCCAGGCUGCUGGGGUGUUCCUGGGUACCCUGAGAGCUGCACCCACAGAGCAGGACACAUUCCCCACUUACCUGGGCCAGGAGGUCAGCAGCAUAUCUGAGAUUCUCAAUGAAGGUGGUUUCCAUCUCACCUGCCACUGCAGCCCGGUCUGCACCCAGGGGAACCCGCCCAGCCAUCACAUGGAUCCUAGAGACACAGAGAUCAGCCACUGGCAGCAAUAUAUGCUGUUCCGCCUCAGUACACCGAGGGAUGACUUUGAACCUUUUGCCUGACAAAUCUCAGACCUUGAUUCUUCCCUCUUUCACCAGCUGCCUCCAGCUCUUUCACCCCGAGGUUGGUUGGUUUUGCUCCUAGUGCUGCCCCAAGGCCAGCACAAGGGGCAGCUGGCAUGCUGCCUCUGCCAGGGGCAGGCUGCACACGUGGUCUCACUGCUUGCUGGCUGUGAGCAGGGAGGGGACAGCGGCCCACACUGGACUGCCCUGCCGUGAAGAGCUCAAGGGCCAGGCAAGAGCAAGGCUCUUCAGCCACUGCUGGGGGAAGGUGAAGAGUGGAAACAAAACCCUUUUCACUCUGCCUGUACAAGCAGGGGCCUGGGCAGCCUCUGGCCUGCCCGGUCCUUGCCAUCCACAGGGCUUUGGACUGAGUUUCAACAGGAAAGAAUGAUGCAAAGUAAAUGCAAAGGGCCCCGUUGGUUUUCUGAAGGGAAGUGUGCCAGGCUAAUUGCAUCUCUUACGGUGUCUCUGCUGCCUCCAGGCACCGUGGCCUCAAUAAAGCAACUGUUGUGGUGUCCUGGG